AUGUCGGACGUCUAUCCUUUUCAGAAGCUCGUCGUGCUACAUCCAAAGGGGCAACUCCUCGCAGCUGCCGGACCGGAAUUAUUCUGCAUUGAUCUCAGGAGGAAAGAGUUCGAGGAGGACGAGGACGAGGAGCACAUCAAGCUCAACUGGAGGCAUUCGGCUGCGUUUCUCAAUGGCAGAGAGCUCCAAGCGACUGAGAAGAAGAUAGACCCUGUCGAUGCGAGUGAGCAUGCGGCCAAUGCUGGGGCUAUUGAUAAGGACGAGCCUGCUGCCAAGCGACGGAAACUAGAUGAUCCCGGAGAAAGUUCAAUUGUUCAGGACCAAGACACGUCUGCUGCCUCACAGCAGGAAGACUUGUCUCGACGUUCAUCACAAGACUCUAUAUCAAUCACGACCGACCCGCGAAAGAAGGGAGAACGCCGCAAACAGAAACCACCACCGUCAUUAGAUCAGCCUGCAGCAAAUAUCAGCCAUAUGCUACUUUCCUUUAACAGGACGUCGCUUGUUGUUGUCACAGCAGAGGACAAGGCCAUCACUGUGUAUGCCAUGAAGAAAACCGCCGACGAAGAGGUUCGAGGCUUGAGAAUAAUGAGCAGACGAAUUAUGCCAAAGCGUAUAUGUGCUGUUGCAGUUGUGAAGAAGAGAAACCGCGAGUUCCUCAUCGUAGGCGACAAGUUUGGCGAUGUUUGGGAGGUACCACUAAUCCAGUCGCCGGAUUGGAAGCCGCCGGACCCGCAGCCUGACCCUUCUCACAACAAUCAGGAUCUUGGCAGCAAUGGCUCAGGUGGCAAAGGCGGCUACGAGCCUAGCGCAACAGAGCUGACAGUACAUACAAAAGGAAACCUCAUGGCACUGGAGCAGCAGCGGAAGCUAAAGGAGAAAAAAGCGAAAGAGCGAGCAAGUCAUGGAAUCGAUCAAGGCAACGCAAGGAAAAACGAGGCUUCCGUGACUGGCAAAGGUCCUGGCAUCGAAUUCGAAGCUCGGCUCUUGCUUGGACAUGUCAGCCUGCUGACAGACGUUAUCGUCGCUCGCAUGCCAACGUUUGACUACGAAGGAGGUCCAGCUAAGAACUAUGUUCUGUCCAGCGACAGAGACGAGCAUAUCAGGGAAUUUGUCAGCUGUCAGCGACUACUGCCCUGGAAACUGGAGUGGCUUGCCGUCGGAACGGGAGAACCAAGUCUGCGGAUAUUUGAUUGGCGAAAAGGAAAAUCGUUGUCUAGUCAGACAUUCGAUGUCUUCGAAAUCGAGAGCAAAUUCAUGCGCUCUGUGGCAUGUCCGGGACACGAACGCAGCCUGAAGGCAGCGCUGAAGGAUCUCGCGGAGCGGCAAGACAAGUUUGCUGUCAGAGGUAUUUGGCCGCUGAAUGACCCUGACGAGAUGGAUGGCUACGUGCUUGUGGCUUUGGAGGGCUUGCCUUUACUUCUAGUGUACCACGUCAGCCUCUCAGACGGUGCCCUCGAACUGCAACAAACAGUCCCUUUGAGCGGCAACAUCCUCGACGUUGCUGUGGACAACCCUCUGGAUACGGGCACUGGCCGUACCUAUAUCUUUGUCAGCCUUGACACCGCACACGUUCCGGGUUCGAUGCUCGAGCCCGCUACUCCUGCCACAGCAAAGAGUAUGAAGGUGCUGGAUCAUGCGAACGAGACGCUGGGCACGGGUGUUCAGAUUCUGUAUAUGAAGAGUCCCGGAUCAGACAGCCCUGAUGGCAAGAGGGAUCAGUACCUGAGGGAGUGUUACAUGACGGACAAACUGUCGGCUUUGCUGAGGGGUAUCGAGGGCAGACCGACGAUGAAUUUGGCAGACUCAAAUGGGAAGCCAGCGACUGGGGAAGAAGGCGGGCAAGGUCGUGGUGGGAGGAAAGGACCGUAUAGCCAGAUGGGAGAGUUCUUAUAUGGGCUUGAGAACUUGCGGAAGAAGCGAGGGGCUGCUGCGGCAGAGGAGGAUCCGGAAGGUGAGGAUGCAGGCGGAGAGGCUCAGGAGAUGGCAGUGGAGGGUGCCCCUGAGGUCCCUGCGGCGGAGCCCACUGGUUGA